AUGGUCGUCCGGAUGCCUCUGCUGGGCGGGGGCCAGGCCCAGCUCGCCGCUGCCGGCCUGACCUCGGUCCCACUGCCACUGCCCAGACGCGAGGCUAUCAGCCCAGGACUGCACAAUGGGGGAAAACGCAACAGGGCCAUCACGGCCCGCAGGCAGCACCUGAAGAGCGUCAUGCUGCAGAUCGCGGCCACGGAGCUGGAGAAGGAGGAGGGCCGCCGGGAGGCGGAGAAGCAGAACUACCUGUCGGAGCACUGCCCGCCGCUGCAUCUCCCCGGCUCCAUGUCCGAAGUGCAGGAGCUCUGCAGACAGCUGCACGCCAAGAUCGACGCGGCCGAGGAGGAGAAAUACGACAUGGAGGUGAAGGUGCAGAAGAGCACCAAGGAGCUGGAGGACAUGAACCAGAAGCUGUUCGACCUGAGGGGCAAGUUCAAGAGGCCCCCGCUGCGCCGCGUGCGCAUGUCGGCCGACGCCAUGCUGAAGGCUCUGCUGGGCUCCAAGCACAAGGUGUGCAUGGACCUGCGGGCCAAUCUCAAGCAGGUCAAGAAGGAAGACACGGAGAAGGAGCGCGACCUGCGGGACGUGGGCGACUGGAGGAAGAACAUCGAGGAGAAGUCAGGCAUGGAGGGCCGCAAGAAGAUGUUCGAGACCGAGUCCUAG